AUGAGCGAACUCACCUAUAAUGUUACCAUCCCCCACACCUCUAUUCACAUAGAGUACAGCAAGGAAGGCUGGGUCAGCGACUGCCCGAAGGGCGAAGGGCGCGUCUUGUGCUCAGAUAGCUCUGGUACAGUCGGCAGUCAUAUCGCAUAUAAUGUUUCUAGACAGUUUGGAUUCAACUUUUACGGUAAACUAUACUACUACAGUGCGGGUGCUAUGACUAACACUCAAUUGGAUCCCGGAGUUAAAGCAUCGAUCAGCUUCAACUACAAACCAGCAAUACCCCUCUCGCCCGGCAACGGGUUUUUAGCAGCUUACGAUGACUUCACGACAGCAUGUGACACUUUCGACCAAGGGUGUACAGACCGCUCUGCGUUGACCAAUCGAUCGAAUCCGUUCAAUACCUUUGUUAUUAACAUCACCGACAAUACAUCAGGCGGGGCGCUGCGCUUUACCAAGGCGAGUAUCUCAAUACGAACAUACAGCAUCGAUGAUGGUGACAUUGUCUAUUCUGAUGGGUGGAGUCGAAAUGGCACAUAUAUGCAAAGUGGAAUACAAACGAGGCAGUACUCUAGACCUGCAUCAUCCUUUAAGCUCGUCUUUGACGGUCCAGCUGUCUGGAUAUGGGGGUUCUGCGGCCGACGAGAACAACAGGAUAAUGCACAUUACGGCAGGCUCUAUGUGAACAAUGACGGGGGAGAAGGUCAAGUGGCCAACCCCAAUAAUACGUUAACAGAUGCCAGGCCCGAAGAUGCUAAAUGUCUCAUCUAUUUCAUCGGAAAUUUGGAUGACAGAAGUAAUCAGAUUGUUUUCAAGGAUUCUCAAACGUGCAAUUUCCAGUUGCAUAGUAUUGAUGUACUACAGGUGACCAAAUGGGGAAG